AUGGUGGCAAAACUGGAAUCUGAGGUCAGGAUUUUGACAGUGGAGAAACAAAAAAUUGAAAGUGCACUGAAGGGUGAUUUGGUAGGGGUAGAGAGCAAACUGUGGUGUGUAGAGCUCCAGGUGAGUGAUUUGCAGAGCCAAGUGAAGCAUCUUGAGGAAGCUGUUUUGGCAUCAGAUGGGCGAUUGAUUUGUUUGGAAAACGAUAAGUUGGUGUUUUCGGAGGAGCUUGAUCGGAAAAUCAACCAUAGACAAAGGAGAACUGUAUCAUCCAAAUGUUCAGAUUUGAUUCCUAAAAAAGGAGAAAUUGUGUCAACUAUAGAUGAAAGAAUUGAAAUGUAUCGAACAUAUGGAAAAGCUGCUGGUUUUGGAAUUAGAUUAGGAUCCACAACUACAUAUGGUGACUACAGUCUAAGAAAAAAACAUGUAAGAUGCAACAGAUAUGGACAACCAAGAAAAAAAUCCAUUGAUACUCUUACAUCUAAACGACUGAAAAAGCAGGAAAGAAAAUCAUAUUCAAAAGUUACAGGAUGUAUGGCGAUGAUUGGUUUUGAUAGAGAUUAUAAAACAAAUACUAUUACUGUAUAUGCAUUUGAAGAAGCACACAACCAUCCACUUACUGAAUUUAAUGAAGAAACUUCAACUCUCAACAUUGGUGCAACUAAAGCACACAAGAUACGAGCAUCAUUAAAAGGAGGAUAUGAUCAUUUUCCAGCAACAAAGAAUGAUUUCAAGAACUUUUGGAGAGAUUAUACCAAUAUUGUUGGACCCAAUGAUGCUCAAUGUGUUGUAGACCAGUUGAUAAUUCGCAGGGAUAAUUAUCCAAAUUUCCAUUUUGAAUAUAAGUUAAAUGAUGAGGAACUAAGUGCUAUGUUUUGGGUUGAUGAAACAGGAAAAGAAAACUACUCUAAGUUUUCAGAUGUUAUUUCAAUGGAUGCAACGUACAGAACAAACAGGUACAAUAUGAUAUUUGUUCCUUUCACUGCUAUUAACAACCAUGAGAAGACAAUCAAUGUUGGAGCAGGACUAAUAUCAGAUGAAACAAUCGAGUCAUACUCCUGGUUAUUAAAAGCUUUUCUAUCAGCACAUAAAAAAAAACCAACCAUGAUUUUGACAGAUAUGGAUCCAGCUUUAACUUCUUCUAUAUCAAAGGAGCUUCAAGGAUGUACACACAGAUUAUGUAUGUGGCACAUAAUGUCAAAAAUGCCUUCAAAGAAUGAACCCAAUGUAGUUUCAAAUUCAGAUUUCAAGAAACGCAUAAAUCAACUAGUUUGGAGUAUGAAUAUUGAACCAUCAGAAUUUGAGUGUCAGUGGGAUAUGAUGUUGGAUGAAUUUGAUCUGAGGGAAAAUAAAUGGUUAGAUGAUAUGUUCAGCAAGAGAGACAAGUGGAUUCCUUCAUACUUUAGAGAUAUACCUAUGUGUGGCCUUAUGAAAACUACAUCUCGGUCUGAAAGUUCAAAUUCAUUUUUCAAUGUUUUCGCCAGUGCAACAAACUUACUUGUAAACUUUAUGUUCAAUUUUGACACUGCACUUUCAAAGCAACGUCAUGAGCAAAAAAAAUUUGAUAUUGCAUCAAGAGAUACUUCUCCCCAACUUUUAUUUGCUCCUGAUCCUUUGAAGAUUGAAAAACAUGCUUCAUUAGUCUACACACGAGAAGCAUUCCUUAAAGUCCAGAAACAGAUUAAAAAGGCAUUUUAUCAGUGUUUUCAAAAGACUUCUAUCAUAGUUAAUGGCUUUCAAGAAUGCACAAUCGUUUACAAGGAAAUUAAGUCAGGCAAAAGACCCGAAUUUAAGGUAUCUUUCAAUGCACAUGAGCAAACAAUUGAUUGUGCAUGUUUGCAUUUCCAAUUUUUUGGAAUACUAUGUAGUCAUGCUUUUAGAGUUCUAAUAGAUUAUGACAUAUUCGAGAUACCCCAGAAAUACAUUUUGGAUCGAUGGAAAAAGAACAUAGUGGAUAUUGCUUUUCAAAAGGUAAACCAAAGAUGGCAAGUGUGCAAUACAGAUAUUUCUAAUCUCCUGCAAGAUGCUUUUUCAUAUUAUGAGAAAUGCAUUGAUACGGUUGUUCAUGACAAGGAAAAAUUACAAGAAUUGGUGAAUGCUCUUCAAGAAUUAAGUGUAAAUUGUGGAAAGGAUGUUGCAUCUAAACCAAGUUCAAAUCCAAUAAAAGAAGUUGUUGAAAAUGUCAUUGGACUUCAUAUUGCAGAUGAUAUUAAAAUCAAAGUACCUAGUGGGAUAAAAACAAAAGGAAGUGCAAAGAGAAAUAGAAUCAAAAGUGCCGCAGAAAAAGCAAUAGCUAAAUCUCUUCGAGCAAAACGUAUAUGCAACGGAUGCAAGCAAUUAGUCAACCAUGAUAGAAGAAACUGUCCGAUAAAUCCUUCCAAAGUCCUUAAGCCUUUCAAAAAACAACAAUAA